AUGUGUGUUAGGCUACUUAAGGAAGAAGUUAAACAAAAAUUUGGAGUUAAUGUGAGUAUGGGACAAUGUAGGAGAGCAAAUAAAUAUGCAAUUGAACUAAUUGAAGGCACACUAGUUGAACAUUAUGCCAAACUUUGGUCAUAUGGUGAGGAGAUAAGAAGAUCCAGUCCAGGAUCAACUGUCAAAAUGGAUGUCAACAGUAUGCCUGAUGAGAAGACAUAUUUUACAUGGGCAGUUGUUUGUGUGGAAAACAAAGAAAAUUGGAAAUGGUUUUUGGAGAACCUUAAAGAUAAUCUUGAAAUGGAAAAUGGUUUUGCUAUUACCCUAAUGUCAGAUCAACAUAAGGGGUUGUUGGAGGCUGUAAAGGAAGUAUUGCCUACUACUGAACACAAACAAUGUGCAAGGCAUAUUGUUGCUAACUUUAGGAAAAGAUUCAGUGGUGUACAUUAUGAGAUGAUGUUUUGGAAGGCAUGCAAGGCAUCCACUGAGCCUUUAUUCAAUGCAACCACGAAGGAAAUACAACUACUUAAUCCUACAUCAUCUGAUUACCUUAUGGAAAAGAACUCAAAAUCAUGGUGUAGAGCUUUCUUUCAAGAGGGGAGGAUGUUUGAUGCAGUUGAAAAUGGAUUAUCUGAAAGCUUUAACAAUGUUUUACCAAAUGGUUUAAACCAGUUUGAAACAAGAAAUUUGGCAGAGUCUUAUGUUGUGGAUAUAGAUAAGAAGACUUGUUCAUGUAGAGUGUGGCAACUAAAUGGGUAUGGAUGUGUGCAUUCAGUUGCAACUAUCUCAUACCUAAAUAGUGAUGCUGGUAAUUAUGUGGAUCCAAUAUACUAUGGAGCAAUUUACAAGAACACCUACAAGUAUCAAAUGCGUGGGAUGAAUGGUAGCAAUAUGUGGCCAUCUACGGAAUUCUUUAUACCUUUGCCACCAUUAAAGAGAAAAAUGCCAGGUAGACCUAAAGUUAAUAGAAGAAAGGAUGCAAGUGAAAGGGGUGCAAGACAUACUGUGUCAAAGGUAAAGAAAAGGAAGAGAGCAGAUGGUAAUGAGAAGGAAGGAAGCAGUGGUAAGAAGGCAAUGGAUGGUAAAGAUGAGCAAGGAACUAGGGGUAAUAAGGGCAUUAAUGGUAAUGAUGGGGAAGGAAGUAGUGGUAAGAAGGCAAUGUAUGGUAAAGAUGAGUAA